AUGAACCGCCGCACCCUGCUCCUGGCAGCAGCGGUCGGCCUGGCAGCGGUGCUGCUGGGCUCCGCCGCGCUGCCCGCAGUGGGCGGCGUGCUGGGCGCCUGGCGCUUGAGCACCGUUGGCUACCGCCUGAUGAACCUGGUCGGCAGUGGCCGGUUUGAACUGGUGCACGGAGUCAAAAAGGACGUCUACAGGUUGGACCUGUGGUGGAGGCCGCUGCCCGUGCUGCUGCUGCCGGUGUCUGCUGUGCUGGUGAAGGAAGGGGGCGGCUGGGUGCUGGUUGAUGCGGGAGCCCCAGACAGCUGGAGCCAGGCGUAUGCCAGCCGUCUGGUGCAGGCGGUGCAGCAGACCGUCUCCUCGACCAAAGGCGGCGGGCUGAAGGCAAUCCUGCUGACUCACGGGCACGCAGACCACGUAGGCGCGCUGCCUCAGCUGCUCCAGCACUUUCCAGAGGUGCCAGUUGUGCUGCACAGCGGUGAAGCGCCUUUCCUGUUGGGAGGCGAGGAGUACCUGCCGCCCAGCUCCCGUCUCCAGUACCUGCUGCGUGCGCUGAGCAUGGUGCCGCACAGUCCUGUCAAGCUGCCAGAGUCACGUGUCGCGCUCCUGCACGGCACCGAGGGCGGCAGCCUGCGGCAGCACGGCAUAAGCAGCCUCAGGCAAGCCUCUGCUGUGCUCACCGGCAGACUCCGCAGCGACACGCUGGCAGCGCUGCUGCUGGUGGCGCCAAGCUGGAUCGCCACUCCCGGCCACACCCCCGGCCACAUGUCCUUCCUGCACCACCCCAGCGGCACGCUGCUGGGCGGGGACGCGUUGUUCAACAUGCUGCCCUCCUUCAGCUGGGCCAGCGGCAUAGAGGCGCUGGUGACGCGCCCGCUGGGCUGGGCCGCCCGCCUGUCGUUCGCCCCUGCCAUGGCAGCGCUGGCCAGGCUGUGGGAGGGCGCGCUGCCGGCGGUGAAGGCCACGCUGGGAGCGCUGGGGCUGGGCCAGCUCGGCCCUCGCACCAAGGCGGUGCUGCAGAGCAGCGCUGUGGGUCAGGAGCUGGGGACGUACCGCAUCAUCCGCCUCCUGCCUGGGGUGACGGUUCGCAUCUCACCAUCCAUCGUCUGCCUGGGGCCCCACUGCGAUGUGGAGCGGGCGCAGGCCAGCGUGUGCGCCCUGUCCAAGCUCAAUUUUCGCUGCCUGCUGCCCAUGCACGACGCCACCGGCAAGGGGCUGUCGGCCGCCGACUGGAACGCCACGGGGACCUAUGUCAACUACCCCUUUGGCUCGCAAUACCCGCCCUAUGUGAUACGCACGGUGGAGGGCGAUGCUCCCGAUACGAUUGUGCUGGUCAGCGACUUUGACGGCAGCAGCUACACGCUGUCGGCCUACGAUGCCGCCACGGGCGCCGUCAAUUACACCUUCUCGGUGGCGGUGCCCGACAGCAGCAACAGCGUGCUGUCCACGCUGACCAGCGGCGUGCCGCCCAUGCAGCAGCACAACAACACCCUCAGCCUGCUCUUCAUGCAGAUAGGCACGGUGGUGGUGGCGGUCGAUCCAGCCAGCGGGCAGCAGCUGUGGAGCCACCCCACCUACAACCAGACCAUGCCCAAAAUCACGGGGUACAGCGGCCCCGACGGCGCCACCGUGUACCUCACCUCCUCCUUCAUCGACACCACCCGGGCAGUGCCCACCCCCGUCAAUUACAUAGAGGCCCUGGAUGCCGCCACGGGGGUGGUGCGGUGGGCCAACUCCACGCCGCCGCCGCCCACCUCGGGCCUGCCCAACUCCGACACCGCGGCAGCCCACGGCGUCACCGCGCUCCCCGACAUGGCCGUCUACGCCCAGGGCCAGCGCAUGUACGCGCUGUCGGCGGCCAACGGCAGCCAGCUGUGGUCCAUGGUGGUCACCACGGGAAGCUCCUACGGCGCCGCCGCCGCCAACAUCAGCAGCAUCACGUACGUGGAGGCCGGCGCGCCGCCGGCGGGCAGCCCGUACCCGCUGCUGCUGCUGCAGUCCACGACGUGGGAGCAGACGCGCUUCAUCGCGUACAAGCUCAACGGCAGCGCGGGCGCGCCGCCCACGGUGGCCUGGCAGAACAGGGGCAACCAGGACUUUGAGGGCAGCCUGAACGACGGCCUGGCGCGGCUGGGGCUGCAGGUGCCCAGCGUGUCGCUCAUCGACGGCGUGUUUGUCUUCUGGUCCAACCGCACCUCCUACGACCUGACCAACGGUGGCAAGCCUUUCUACAGCACCUGGCUGGUGGGGCGGUCGGUGCUGAACGGCGGCGUCAUGUGGACCAAGAGCAUGAAUGCCUCCGGCUGGAGCCAGCUGCCCGUGUCGCGGCCCACGGUGCACCUGGGCGUCGCCUCCCUGGUGACUGGCAGCCAGGUGGUGGUGAUGGAGGCGGGCAGCGGCAGCACGCGGUUCGUGUACAGCGCAGCUCCCUCGGACCCUCAGUCCAGCGGCGGCCCGUACUCCUAUGUGCCGAUCACCACCUUCGCCAACAACAUGGGCCAGCUGGCGGCGGUGCGGUGCCUGGGCAGCGACGAGCACGGCUCGCUGUGCAUGUACAACGGGUAUGACAAGCCCAUGCCCUCGGCGGCGGGGCGGCGGCGCCUGGCGGGCGCGCACGCGGCGGCGGCGGCGGCGGCGCUGGCAGCAGCCGCCUGGCUGGUGUUGUAGCCCUGGCU